AUGUCUUCCAACUACCCCUCACAAGAUGGACGUGCCGACAAAUUGGCAUCUUUGCUGAAGGGUAACCAGGCGCGUGCAAUUCCAAAGUUGAUCCCUCGAUCUCAAAGAACACCCUCCAGAACAGCAGGUCCGUCGGAAGUCGCCCCAGAGACACCGAAACUGCCUCUUCCUCCUCAGCUCGAUUCUGUGCAAUUCAAGACUCCUGUUAAACGCAUCUUAAGCCCUUCGGAUCACGAGAAAUUCCUCUCUUCUGCCACCUACACUCUCAUCCAGUCAUGGAUAUUCACUCUAGCAGACUGUGUCGAAGGCCGGUCCAAUUCGACAUUAGAUGUUACAAAACUCUCAGCAGAAGUCCAGCGACUGGAUGCAGUCCUCGAUGCCGUCAGGACUCUCGUCGAGCGAUAUCCUCCUCUUGAUACCGGCUCUAGAUUCGGCAACCCUGUUUUUCGAGACUUACACAAGGCCAUAGUAAGAGAUGUGGAAAACCUGCACAAGGAAAAGCUGGGUUUGCAACAUCACGCUGCCAUUCAAGAGAUUUCGGUAUAUUUUAUCAACUCCUUUGGGUCAGAGGAGCGGCUGGACUACGGAUCUGGACACGAAUUGAAUUUUAUGAUGUGGCUGCUGUGCUUAUAUCAAUUGGGCCUUGUCAAGCCCGAGGAUUUUCCAGCAAUCGUUAUACACACAUUCACGCAGUACCUCGACCUGAUGCGGAAAAUCCAGAGCACAUACUACCUAGAGCCAGCUGGGAGCCACGGUGUCUGGGGCUUGGACGACUAUCAAUUCUUACCGUUCCUCUUUGGAGCGAGCCAGCUGAUUAGACAUCCAUACAUUACCCCGAGGUCUAUACACAAUAAUGUCGUACUGGAUGAGGAAGGUGACAAGUAUAUCUAUCUCAACCAAGUCCGAUGGGUGGACAGCGUCAAGACGGUCAAGGGCCUCCGGUGGCACAGCCCAAUGCUGGACGAUAUCUCUGGCGCCAAAAGCUGGCAGAAGGUCGAGGAUGGCAUGAGGAAGAUGUUUAUUAAAGAAGUCCUGGGUAAGCUGCCCAUCAUGCAACAUUUCCUCUUCGGUGGCUUGAUCCCAGGGACAGAAGAUAUGGGACAUCUGGACCCGGAAACUCUUCGCCUACAAGAAGAAAGAAUGAAACAUGUCAAGGAAAAGGGCCAUGAACCUGAUUAUUGGGGCGACUGCUGUGGCAUCAAGGUGCCGAGCACGGUAGCAGCAGGAGAAGAAAUGCGAAAACGAAUGGGCACCUUUGGAGCACUGCGGCCGAUACCAUUUGAUUAG